GCUUGCGCGCGUCGUGGUGGUUGGUCGGCCGCCGGAGCCGCAGGGCCUGUGCCCUAACCACACGCACCAGACCCUCGCGCUGACAGGGUACGUAAUCCUGGUCACGGGGAUACGUAGUUCUCAGUCCGCCAGUGCGCCCGGCUCAGCUGUGGGCGUGUCACAGUUCGCGGGCUCCUUGACUUUACUCAACACCAUCCCCAUCGCCCACUCCACAACCAUGGCCGACCCCGCCGAAUCAGAGCCCUUGCUGAACGAAGCCGAGACCGCUGCGCCUGCUGAGGCUGUUCCUGCCGUCGACGAAGAGCGCGAGCGCGCGCUGGAGGACUUUAAGCAGAAGCUUCUCGAACACAGAAACUGGGACGCGAAGCUCAAGGACCUGCGACUAAAUAUCCGGGGACUGCAGAAGGAUUUCGAAAAGACCGAGGAUGAUAUCAAAGCAUUGCAGAGCGUGGGACAGAUCAUCGGCGAGGUACUCAAGCAGCUCGACGACGAGCGAUUCAUCGUCAAAGCCUCGUCCGGCCCGCGAUACGUCGUCGGCUGCCGCAGCAAAGUCGACAAAGACAAGCUUAAGCAGGGCGUGCGUGUGGCGCUCGACAUGACUACACUGACAAUCAUGCGCAUGCUCCCGCGCGAGGUCGAUCCGUUGGUAUACAACAUGACUACUUAUAAGCCUGGCGAUCUGUCGUUUGCCGGAAUCGGUGGUCUCAAUGAGCAGAUCAGAGAGUUGCGUGAGGUCAUCGAACUACCCCUCAAAAACCCAGAACUGUUUCUGCGCGUUGGAAUCAAGCCUCCAAAGGGUGUUCUUCUCUACGGUCCCCCCGGUACAGGCAAGACCCUACUAGCACGCGCCGUCGCCGCCACGCUCGGCGCAAAUUUCAUCUUCUCGCCCGCAUCGGCGAUCGUCGACAAAUACAUUGGCGAGUCCGCGCGACUGAUUCGCGAGAUGUUUGGCUACGCAAAGGAGCACGAGCCCUGCAUCAUCUUCAUGGACGAGAUCGACGCUAUCGGCGGCCGCCGGUUCAGCGAAGGAACCUCUGCCGAUCGCGAGAUCCAGCGGACAUUGAUGGAGUUGCUCAACCAGAUGGACGGAUUCGAUUAUCUCGGCAAGACGAAGGUGAUUAUGGCCACCAACCGCCCCGACACACUUGAUCCGGCGCUGCUUCGCGCGGGUCGUUUGGACCGAAAGAUUGAGAUUCCGCUGCCGAACGAGGUCGGUCGACUUGAGGUGUUUAAGAUCCAUGCGGCGGGCGUGCAGAAGCAGGGCGAUAUGGAUUACGAAGCGCUCGUGAAGAUGAGCGAUGGGUUUAACGGUGCCGAUAUCAGGAACGUGGUGACUGAGUCUGGGUUUUUCGCCAUCCGAGACGAUCGCGAUUAUAUCGUGCAGGACGAUCUGAUGAAGGCGGUGAGGAAGGUUGCGGAGGCCAAGAAGUUGGAAGGAAAGCUGGAUUACGAGAAGCUGUGAUUGAUGUACAUUUAUAGAUCUACAGAUUUUCGAUUGUAUGAUCAAAUCAUAAAUUUUAAACUACUCAGCAUACACAG